UUUUUUUGUAGCUUGGAUGAAUGGUCAUGAUAUUUGGGCUCGCUCACCCCGAAAACCUUUUCAGUAUGCAGUUAGCGCACUGCUGAGAAGAAAGUCAACGUUACGCUGUAAAUUCAUGGCUCCAUAGCUAAGCCUAGAGUAGUACGACAGUUGAGCAAGAUGUCCACUGGCAGGGAAAAAGGAAAUGAACAGACCUACCUUGAAAAUGUUUUCUGUACCUUGGCUGCAUCUCUACGGAAGCUGUAUGAGACGUUGAUGGAGAGGCAUGGCCCGCAUAUCUCUACCCUCUUUGGACUCCUCCCUUCCAGGGAUACCCCAGAGUGUGCUGGCUGUUUCCAUGGAAGCUAAGUACCAAUGCCAGCAGUGUCACCAGGUCCUGAGGAAGCCAGUCCAGGCUCAGUGUGGACAUCGUUUCUGUGUCCAUUGUUUCAAACUGCUCACCAGCUCCGGCCCAAAGCCCUGUGAAGCCUGUCGACAGGAGGAGAUUUAUGAGGAGCCACAGUCCAUUCUCAAUAGUAACGAGGCUUUUCCAGACAAUGCAGCUGGUAGAGAAAUCGCCAGCCUGCCUGCCAAAUGUAUCAGUGAGGGAUGCUCUUGGACUGGUUGCAUAAAAGAAUAUGAGGCACAACACGAGGGCAAGUGUGAGUAUGAGCGAGUACCAUGUGAAACCUGCCAGGUCCUUAUCCUGCGCAGUGAAAAAGAGAGGCAUAAUGAGAGAGAAUGUGAAGCAAGGACAUUGAACUGCAAGUACUGCAAAGUCUCCUUCAACUUCAAGGAAAUCAAGGCUCAUGAUGAAAUCUGCCAGAAGUUUCCCAUGCAGUGCAAGGACUGUGGAAAGAAAAAGAUCCCACGGGAAAAGUUUCUAGAUCACAGCAGAUCCUGUGCCAAGUCUAAGACUGCAUGUCCGUUCAGUGAGGUCGGCUGCAAGGUUGUGAUUGAUAAUGGGAAGCACAGUGACCACGAGCAGACUAGUGUCAUGGAGCACAUGCGUCUGAUCCUGGCGACUAUGUCUCUGGUGCGGCUUCAGCGUCCAGAUGCCCCAGGGCUGGGGGAGUGGCAGGAGGACUCUGGGCUGGGCUUGUACCGCGCUCCCGAGGAUGGAGCCACAGCUACUGCAGCCACAGAUGGGGGAGGAGCCGCUGCCUCUGGACAGACAUUUGGUCUUGACCACAAGGUGAGAGCACUGGAGAAUAUAGUGUGUGUACUGAACAGGGAAGUGGAGAGGAGUUCUCUCACUUUAGAGGCCUUCUCACGGCAACAUCGUCUAGACCAAGACAAGAUUGAGAACCUCGGCAACAAGGUACGUCAACUAGAGCGUACUCUCACCAUGCGGGACCUACAACUGGCUGAGACAGACCAGACUCUGCGAGAACUCCAGUUUUGCACCUUUGAUGGUGUCUUUGUCUGGAAGAUCGCCGACUUCUCACGCCGCCGCCAGGACGCUGUGGCCGGGCGAACACCCGCUAUGUUCUCACCAGCAUUCUACUCAAGUAAAUAUGGCUAUAAGAUGUGUCUGAGACUGUAUCUGAAUGGGGACGGAACAGGUCGAGGGACUCACCUUUCUCUCUUCUUCGUGGUGAUGAGGGGCAAGUGUGACGCUCUUCUCAAAUGGCCAUUCAGUCAGAAGGUGACACUGAUGCUGCUGGAUCAGAAUAACAGGGAGCAUAUCAUUGAUGCCUUCCGGCCUGAUGUAAGCUCCACCUCUUUCCAGCGACCAAUCAGUGAGAUGAACAUAGCCAGUGGCUGCCCACUCUUCUGCCCAUUGGCUAAACUGGCAGGCAAGAGCUCCUACCUUAGGGAUGACACCAUUUUCAUCAAGGCCAUUGUAGACCUCACAGGCCUGUAGUGACUGUGGAAGUCACUACAGUACAAAAACUACAGUACAAAAAACUACAGUACCAAAAACAAAAA